AUGUCAUUUGGAGUCCCUUCUGAUGAGGUAGCGGAGGACUACAAAAAAGCCCUUGAAGAUUUGACUAUGAAUUCGAGAUAUGAGAUCAGCAAUCUAACCGUUAUAGCAAAGGAAAAUACAGAACAUGCUUUAGCCAUCUCAGAGGCCUUGAAGAACCAUAUAAAACAGACCUCUCCGCAAAAGAAAUUACCUGCUUUCUAUGUCCUCGAUUCCGUAGUCAAGAAUGUCGGAACGCCUUAUACCCUCUUCUUCGGUCGACAACUAUACUCAACCUUCAUGGAGGCAUAUGCUUUGGUCUCCCACGAUGUGCGAAGGAAAAUGGAUGAGAUGCUGAAAACCUGGAAGGAACCUGUGCCUGGAUCUAUAGAUACACGGCCCGUAUUCCCUCCGGAAGUAACUCGUCCCAUCGAAAAUGCUCUCAUAAAAGCCAGAACUUCUGCUCUCCAGCAAGAGCAAUUGAGAAGUCAACAGCAGUUAAUGAGUCGAGGUCGAACUGCCGUAGGUCAGGCUCCCUAUCGUAACACGCCAACUCCUCCAAACUCAUCUCGUCAACCUCUCUAUCCACCACCCGGACAUCCUGGAUAUCCUCAACAAUACCCGCCCCCGGUAAAUGGCCAAUACAACAAUCAAGCCAAUGGCCAUAUGCAACAUGGACUUCCUCAGCGACCACCCCCAGUACAACAGUAUUCUCAACAGUCAGACAGCUCGGCAUCCUGGCAGCAGUCACAGUCUCAGGGAUAUCAAUCGUCAGAGGCUAGCGUAGAUGUAUUGAACAGGGAUAUCUCCAAUCUCAUCACCUCUUCAAAGGCAGAAUUUGCUCAGAGCCCAUACGAUAGUAGUAUACAAACAAGACUGAAAGCAUUGCUUGAUUUGCAGACCAUCCUACAAACCCAAAGGCUUCCAUCUGAUCAGAUAGCAAUGAUAAAAGACCAAGUUGCGCAACUAUCGCGGGCUUCCCAGCCGGCCCCAAAAAUCACAUCUCCUAGGCCAGCACCUGUAGCAACGCCAACACCCCAACCCCAGCCGCAGCCAACCCUAAGCUCUUUGCUAGGCCCUGGUGGCUUGGCUGCUCUGUUAGCCCGUCAAUCUACAGCCCCCCAGAUCCCCACGCCUCCCCCUCGAGCUGCUGUCGCAACCCGGUCUCCUCAAGCACAACUCUCACUACCUUUGCAAAUGCCCUUUCAACCAGCUCCCCCAACGCCUGUUUCAGCAUCUGUGUCAACGCCCACAGCAAAUCCCAACUCUUUGCUGGAAAGACUUCGAGCUGCUGGUAUGCUGCCCACAGUACCAGCAGUAUCAAGCACACCCAUCCAACAACCAAGUGUUUUAGGCGGCACUAUUCCCCCUGGAUUUCCCCCAUCCCUUCCCUUCAUAAUUGCGCCUCCCGUGUCGAGGACACCCUUUCUUGAAAUUCCUAAUGAUGUCGUCCUGAAGCCAGCAUCGCUGAAAAUGUUCCGCCCUCACCUCAUAUUCAGUCUCUACGAAAAGCUUGGCGCACCAUGUACCCAAUGCGGACGACGUUUUCAAUCAGACGCAGAAGGUCGAAAGAAGAAGACUGCUCACAUGGAUUGGCACUUCCGUGUUCACCAACGAAUGGCUGAAGCCGAGAAGAGGGGCCAACAUCGGAGUUGGUAUGUUGAUGAACUGGACUGGAUAAAGUCGCGCGAACCAGAAGAUGACCAAUUCAACGAUACAAUGGAUAAUACUCAUGGCUCUGGCGGCUCUUCUUCGACUGCGAAUGCCAAGCCGAAACUUCAAUAUCUAGCGGUACCAGAUGAUCCUGCUCUUGCUGGCAGUGUUUGUCCCAUAUGCCAAGAGAAAUUUGAGAUGAAAUGGCUAGAUGAUGCGCAAGAGUUUGUCUGGAUGGAUGCCAAGAAAGUGGGUGAUCGUAUCUAUCAUGGUAGUUGUUAUGCGGAGGCCACGAAAGAUAGGGGGACGCCUGAGCCAACGGUUCUGGGCAAGCGGAAGGCAGAGGACCAAGAAUCUGUAUUACGAACGAAAAUUAAAACAGAGUCAUAA